GAGAGAGGGAGAGAGAGAGGGAGAGGGAGAGAGAGAGGGAGAAAAAAAGAGGGAGAGGCAUGUAGAACUAAGUGUGUUAGGGAGGUGAGAACAGAGAUUCACAGAGAGCAGAUAUGUAGAGCCGUUGUCCAUUCCCACUGAGGAUCAGGCAGCUCGAGAGGAUUCAUGGAGAUACAGGCGGAAAGAUUUCACAACCUCAAGUUCAGAGAGACAAUCUUCUGUUGAAUUAAAAGGAAUCCUGGAGAGAGAAGACCAUUUUGAGGAAAACUGGAUACUCAAUUCUUCCAAGCAUAGUAGACGGAUCACAGAUCAUAGCCUGGAGGUUAUGGAACUGAAGACAGCAAAUCCCUGUAAUAGAUACAGACUAGAAUAUCACACUGCGUCAAGAUUGUCUCAAGUUCAGAGAGCAAAUCUUCUGUUGAAUUAAAAGUCUGUUGGAUUCUAUUUCCAAGCACAGUAGGCGGAUCAUAGUGCUGCAGGAGAAAGACAAUUAUUUAGAAGUCACACUGGAGUUCAGCCAGCUUCUAGACGACACGUUCUCCUAGUGUGAUCCGCUGGUCUGAGGAACAUCAACUUGGCCAGGCCGUUUGAUUGACCCCCUCUCUGGGAAGAACAUACUACUGAAUGGAAGUACAUUUCACAUCAGCACCCAGUGGAUGUAUUGCAGCUCUCAGCCUCAACGGACCUUCAAUUAUUCUCACCAGCUGUGAACCAGAGGGUGACUUGGGGUCAGACGUUGGACAGGAGUUAGGGGUGAGACCAGGACAUUAUGUGGUUGUGGCUCCAGGCUGCUGUAGCUCUGUGUGAGCCAGAGGCAUGACCCUACCUGCUUCCUGGGACUGGGAUGGACUGGACAGGGGCACGGCAGACUGGUUCGGGGUCAGUAAGGAAAACGACAGCACCCAGCGAUGGAGGAGGAAGAGCCUGCAGCACUGCAACCUGCGCUACGGCCGCCUCAAGGCCCAGGUGAUGAGGGAGAUGGAGCUGUCCAGCCAGGACAACCUGUCUCUGACCAGCACUGAGACCCCACCUCCCCUCUACCUCCCCCCACACCACCACCACCACCCCCACCACCCCUAUGCCAUGCAGCGGAUUGUGGACCCCCUGGCGCGGGGCCGUGCAUUCCGCAUGGUGGAGGAGGUAGAUGGUUACAGCGUACCCCAGACCCCCAUCACCCCUGGUGCCGCCUCUCUCUGCUCCUUUUCCAGCUCGCGCUCCGCACUCAACAGGUUACCGCGGCGACGCAAGCGAGAGUCGGUCGCCGUCAUGAGCUUCAAGGCCGCCGCAGCGCUGGUUAAGGGCCGUACGGUGAGAGAGAGGGAGGGCGCUGCCCGGCGGUGUCGCAGGCGGAGCUUCAUGCCAGUGAGUUUCCUGGAGGAUGACACAGUGGACUUCCCUGACGAGCUGGACACCUCCUUCUUUGCUAGAGAUGGUCUGAGGAGAGGAGAUGAGGAGCUGUCUACCUAUGCAGAUGAUGUGUUUGAUUCUCCGUCUGAGGCCGCCAUUAAAGAGGAGGAGUCUAACACAGCAGCGGAUGAGAGUGACCUCACAGGUGGCGCCUUGGACAAGAACGAACUGGAGAGGAGUCACCUGAUGCUGCCCCUGGAGCGGGGCUGGCGUAAAGGUAAAGAACCUGGAUUGUCUCAGGUCCAGCCCAAGGUGCGUCUGCGCCAGGAGGUGGUGAGUGUGAGUGGGCAGCGACGGGGCCAGCGGAUCACAGUGCCCGUCAAGAAGCUCUUCGCCAGAGAGAAGAGGCCCUACGGCCUAGGGAUGGUGGGAAGGCUCACUAACAGAACCUACCGCAAACGCAUCGACAGCUUCGUCCAGCAGCAGAUAGAGGACAUGGACGACCACAGGCCUUUCUUUACCUACUGGAUCACAUUUGUCCACCUGUUAAUCACCAUCCUGACUGUUUGUCUCUACGGCAUCGCCCCUGUGGGCUUCUCCCAGCACGAGACCGUCGACUCGGUAUUGAGAAAUAAAGGUGUUUAUGAAAAUGUCAAGUUUGUGCAACAAGAAAACUUCUGGGUGGGACCAAAUUCUGAGGCGCUAAUCCACCUGGGGGCGAAGUUCUCCCCCUGCAUGCGUCGGGACCAGCAGGUCCAUGACCUGAUCCAGGAGAAGAGAGGAAGAGAGCGGGAGUCAGCCUGCUGUGUGAGGAACGACCGCUCCGGUUGUCUCCAGACCUCACAGGAGGAGUGCUCAUCUACUCUAGCAGUGUGGGUGAAGUGGCCUCAUCACCCCAGUGCUCCUCUCCUGGAGGGGAAGGUCCGUCAGCACGGCUCAGUCUGCCACCAGGACCCCAGAAUAUGCCUGGAGCCAGCCUCUGUGUCGCCUCAUGAGUGGCCUGAUGACAUCACCAAGUGGCCAGUGUGUACCAGGUACAACCCAGGCAACCACACUAACCUCCCCCACGUAGACUGUGCCAUCACCGGACGGCCAUGCUGCAUUGGGACCAAAGGGAGGUGCGAGAUCACGUCCAGAGAGUACUGUGACUUUAUGAAGGGCUACUUCCACGAGGACGCGACUCUCUGCUCCCAGGUGGCCUGUAUGGAUGAUGUGUGUGGCCUGCUUCCUUUCCUCAACCCUGAGAUCCCAGACCAGUUCUACAGACUCUGGCUCUCUCUAUUCCUCCAUGCAGGGAUCCUGCACUGCCUGGUGUCGGUGCUCUUCCAGAUGACCAUCCUGAGGGACUUAGAGAAGCUGGCUGGCUGGCUGAGGAUCUCUAUCAUCUACAUCGUCUCUGGCAUCACUGGCAACCUGGCCAGCGCCAUCUUCCUACCCUACAGAGCAGAGGUGGGUCCAGCUGGCUCUCAGUUUGGUAUCCUGGCCUGUCUGUUUGUUGAGCUGUUCCAGAGCUGGCAGAUCCUGGAGCGUCCGUGGAGGGCUUUCACCAAGCUGUUGUGUGUCGUCAUCUUUCUCUUCUCCUUUGGCAUGUUGCCCUGGAUAGACAACUUCGCCCACAUCUCCGGAUUCAUCUCUGGACUCUUCCUCUCCUUCGCCUUUCUGCCAUACAUCAGUUUUGGCCGUUCGGACAUGUACCGUAAGCGUGUCCAGAUCUGUGUGUUCCUGUUGGUGUUCCUGGGUCUCUUCUCAGGACUGGCUGUACUGUUCUACAUACACCCGGUCAAGUGUGAGUGGUGUGAGUACCUCACCUGUAUUCCCCUCACUGACAAGUUCUGUGACAAGUACGACCUCAACGCCCACCUCCACUGACCAGGCCUUUGACUGUACAAUUGCAAUGACUAGAAUGGACAAUCUCAAAGAACUAUAGCCUCACGCGCCAGGAUAGCAGGACGAAAGGGUCGGCUGGUGAACAAGACUCUAAGCAACGUCACGGCAUGGACCAGACCGGCGGCCAUAUUUGGUGUAGUAUUCAGGACAUUGGAUGUGAAGAUUGCCAAUCUUGGAAAAAUAACUGUUGAUCUUAAUAACUGUUGAUCUGUCUCCAUUUGAUUUUGUUUAUUUGGACAUUGCUAGCGAGUGACCUGUCACUUUCAAAGCAUAAAUCCUUAAAGAGAGAAGGGGGGGGGGGGUUAAAUGUGACUGUUGCCUUGCCGCUGCUCUUAUUAAAAACAGACACAACAGCACCACUUUGUGGCCGUCAGACCACAUACAGCUGUGGAGGGAUUUUGUUUUGUAUUUUUCUACACACGUCAUAAAGCUGACGAAAAGUUGUAUUGGUUUAUUGGAUGACCUCAGACAGGGAAUAUCUCACAGGAAAGAAAGGGGAUUCCUGCAGUACUGUACGAUGACUGCCUCUGGUGCCUUGGUUAUUACUGCCAUAUCUAGGUCCAAGUCUCAAAUGGCACACUAUUCUCUAUACCAGAGGUUCCCAAACUUUUUCACUCAGGCCCCCUUCCAGCGUUGGAGAACAUCUCACAAUGGCACAAGCAUUGUUCAUGACACCAAGUGUUCACACCCCUCUUGUUGGCAGAGAGUUGUAAAUGCUUAUUUCCUGCAAUUCUAGACAUUUUGCAGAGCCUAAUGUGUAUUCAUGUGAUAUUUGAGUAACUCAAAAAUUACAACAAAAUCUAUGGGCUAAAAAACAUUAGCUGACAUGGGUUAGUUAUAAAUAGGUUAUAAAUAGCUCUCUAAUGUAUGCAAUGACUGACAUGACAAGAGGAACUAAUGAUGCACUACCCAAUAUCGAAAAUGCACCUUUUGCAUUCAACUAUUACAAAUUACAAGUGUUUUUUUUUUAGUUGGGGGUGGGGGGGCUGCCGACCCCUCACACCCCCUUGGGUAACCACUGCUCUGUACAGUGAACUAUAUAGGGAAUAGUGUGUCAUGUGUGCCCUAUAUUACACUAGACAAGACACUUGUAGGUUAACAUGUGUACUGCUGUCUAAGUGGUGGUGAGUGUUUGGAGGGUAGCGUUUUAGCUACCUGCUUAUCUGUACCUGCCAAUACAGCAACACAAACUGACGCUUUCUGUCUGUGUGUCCAAUUUAUUUCUGUUGUGUGAAUGUGUGUGUGUGUGAGGGAUCUGAAACUGUCUUAUGCCUUGUUGCACAUGCUUGCUUCCCCCAGUAGAUGGCAGAGUUGCUUUGAGUAAAUGGCUGCCAUCAGGAACAUGUAACGUACACAAGAUGCAUGUCUGAUGUCCUCAUAUACCCUUAAACAAACUUAGUCUGAAUGGCUCUUAAAGUAAGAUAUAUAAUGCACACAUUGUGUGCAUAGAAACAUUUCUAGUACUCUGUGUUAUCGACAUUGUCUCUGCUAGGGGAUUUGUAGGCUAAUGUCGACUACAGACCUAUGUUGUUCCGUGGCUCUGGCCUCGUGAUUUAAACGUGACAUGUUUAUCCCACACAACUCUUAAUGGUGCACUUCAAGACAUUUCUUUUGUCGCUGACUAAUUAUCUCUGCCUCCCCUUGAGUCGCCAGCCUCUUCCCACGCAUACACACACACACACACACACACACACACACACACACACACACACACACACACACACACACACACACACACACAGUCUGUAAUUUAUGGUGCGCUUCAAGUCCUCUCUCUUUUGCCGUUUACUAAUUCUCUCUUCCACCCCCCUCUCCUUGAGUCACCAGCCCUUACACACACACACACACACACACACACACACACACACACACACACACACACACACACACACACACACACACACACACACACACACACACACACACACACACACACACACACACACACACACACACACACACACACACACACACACACGCACGCACACACACUGAGUCUGUAAUUCAAAGUUAAUCAGUGCGUCGACUCCACUCAAGCCUCCUGUCGAUAGAAAGCUGAAUAUGACAAACCCUUAUUUGCAGCCAAUGUAUAUUUAGGAGCUAUUCCAUGAAUCCCACCUUACAGAUGCUUCUCUGCCUGUAGACUGAAUGCCAUAUUACUUUCACCCAUCCAGCCCUUUUAGAUGGGACUAGUUUAGGCUCACUUUCUCCUCUCAACUGAAUGCAUUUUCAACCGUAUAUCUCUCCCCCUAAAAAUGUCUCUCUCACUCUCUUUGUUUUUCUCCCAUUCUCUCUCUAAGACAGCUGAACAGCUGAGGCGGGCACACAGUGCUGUUAAACUCACCCAGCCUCUCUCUUCCCAUCCUAUCCUCCCCACCAUCCCUUCCCUCUCCUCCAUCCAUGGACCUAUGGAGAUGCUAAUUUGAUUUUAAGUGGGCAAUACCCCUUCCUUUCCCUCUCCACAUCAGCCGACUAGAUGACCUCUGUCUGAUUAGCAAACUGCACUGGGUCAUAUGUAUCAAAGAGAAGGGGACAUGCUGUCUGGCCUUUUUACCUCUUUCUCUCACCACUCUAGUUAAGUAAAUGUUUUAUUCAUUUUCUGUGUCUUAUUUGGACAUUAGUCAUUGGUCCCCCUUUACAAUACAUACCCACUUUAAUUUAACUAGGCAAGUAAUUUAAGAACAAAUUAUUAUUUUCAAUGAUGGCCUAGGAACAGUGGGUUAACUGCCUUGUUCAGAAGAACAGAUUUGUACCUUGUCAGCUCGGGGAUUUGAUCUGGCAACCUUUCAGGUUACUAGUCCAGCGCUCUAACCACUAGGCUACCUGCUGGUUACUAGUCUAACCUUCUAACCACUAGGCUACCUGCUGGUUACUAGUCCAACGCUCUAACCACUAGGCUACCUGCUGGUUACUAGUCCAACGCUCUAACCACUAGGCUACCUGCUGGUUUCUAGUCCAACACUCUAACCACUAGGCUACCUGCUGGUUGCUAGUCCAACGCUCUAACCACUAGGCUACCUGCCACCUACGUUAUUAAUCACGCCUUCCAUAGAAUAACCAUUGUGGAAAUGUUAUGUCUGUCUUUCCAAUCCUAAGCCAUAGUCUUACAUCAGAUAGUGCAACGCAGUGUUGUAGUACUUGAGUCCAGAACUCAGACUUGAUGUUGUCAGAAAAUCUUUCUCCCUUGCUCAAUUCACUGCAGUAGCUACUGUAUUAGCUAGCUAUCCCUACUAAUGUUCAGCACCGUAAGUCAGCUAGCUUUCUACAUUAUUAAAUGGAACUUCAAAGAUUGCUAGACCGCAGCUUUUAGCCUAUCAAGGGACUCGCGACUCUACUUGGGACUCUAUAGGACUCUGACUCAAACACUAGGGACUUGGGACUCUAUAGGACUCUGACUCAAACACUAGGGACUUGGGACUCUAUAGGACUGACUCAAAUGUUAGGGACUUUGAACUCAAUUUGGACUCAAGUUGUUGGGACUUAGUGAACCAUUGUAUGGGUAGUUCAUUUAGUUAAAUUGCUACAAUUGCAACUGCUCCAGCCUCUCUAACUUAUUGUGUGUGUGCAUAUCGGAGGGAUUGAAAAUACAUUUCCGUCCCGUAUAAACAAAUAAAGUCAAUAUUUCAUCUCUUAUAAAAAGGGAAUUUGAACUGUAUCUCUUUUUAUCCAUGUCAAUGUUCUAAAUGGAACUUUACCUGCUGAAUGAAUAGAAACUGUAAUCAAUGAAAUAACCUGCGGAAGACAUUUACUGCAAACAGAAAUGUUUUUCACUGUUUGUCACACCGGCUAGUCUCUCCACCCACUGGUGCCCAUUGCCCAGUAAACUCCUGUUAUACUAGAAAGCACAACUUUGGCUAUAUCGAUUCAUUAAGGUUAUUGGGAAAUCGAUGCAAUCAGAACUACUUCACAAAAAUUCAACAAUCAAGUCUCUGCAUGAUAAUUUAGUCAAAUUGCUACAAUUUAGGAGAUAAAACUGAAUUUCAACAGUAUCCCCCUUUUAACCAUGUCAACGUUCCAAACAUAACUUUGCCUGAUUUGAUCUUUGUGGCAUACUGUAAGAAUGUAGGUGAUUAACUGAGAAUUAAACAUGUAGUGACAUUAUUCUGGAAAGAACAUUAGAUUCAUGAUGAUAUUUACCAACCAUUUAGUGGUGGAAUAAAUAAAUUGACCUCAACUGUUCAGCUUUUAUUCAAGUACAACAUAUAUUUUCAUUUUUGUUGCUUCAUGGUAUAAGAACCUUGUCGGUUCAGUUUAAGGUUAGGGUUAAACUAACCUACCGUAGCAAGCGUGAAAAGACAUGGAUGGAUGAAGGGAUGGAUAAAUGGAUGGAUUGAUAAAUGAAUAGAUAGAUGGAUAUAUGGGCAGGCAGGCAGGCAGGUAGGUAGGUGGGUGUGCUACUGCCUCCCUGGCUGGAAAGCCGACCCUGAAACUGGACCCUGACAGCUGCUCAGCAGGUGGUCACUGACAGGCUCUCUCUCUUCAUUGUGCCUGGAGCAACACACACACACAGACACACACACCAGGCCCCCAGGCUCUUAGCCCAGGUGAGAGGGGUGGGAGGUGAGGGGGGUGGCAGAGGGUCCACAGUGCACCUGUCUGAGCCCACCUCCACCCCCUCCAAUGACACAGUAUUAUUGUGAAUAAUAAUAGCCUGAAUCACACUUGGCCUAUCUGCCACCUGGGCUGUGACUGACUGGCCUACUUCCCCCUGGAAGAGAGAGAGGAGGGAGUUUAAGCACUAAGAAAACACUGAGCUAAGCGUAUCCACACUGGUUCUCUUUUCUUGGUUUGUUGUUCUUGUGUGACUGACUGUCCCCCUUCCCUCUGGCAGAGAGGAGACACACGGAGAGGAGAGUGUGUGUACUAAGAAUCUGCAUCUGCUCUUGAAAGGGUGCACAUUCAAAAAACACCCUCCUGUCCUGCUGUCCCCCUCCUUUCCUUCACCCCUCACCUGUCAGCUCCAGAACCCGUCCUGCCAAGUCCCUGUGUCCCCCAGCAGCCCUGCAGAUGUCCCCCCCGGCCUUAGCCCUGAUCCCCUAAGCCCCUUCUCUCUGGUCCUCUGUUUCUAAUCACACACACAGAGAGGGAUUUGGGUGCCCUUUAUAGGACAAAUGCAUUAUGGGUAAGGUCAGAGAGUACAGCGGACCUUAUUUCUCUAAUAGUUUAUUUUCAAAAGAUGAGAGCAGAGGCGAGGAGAAGAGAGGGAAUCAGUGUACUAAUGUAUUCACAUCCUUUCAAACACACAGAUGAUUCAGCACAUCUCUGUUUAACCCCGGUUAGAGGAAGUAGAAACAUUUCCAUCCAUCAUGGUGUAUGACGUCACUCCAGAGGGAAUGUCCACUUGAGCUCCUGUUCUAAAGAACUAGAACGUCUUAUCCACCUGGGCUGUGUUCCACUGACUGUACUGUGUGUUGGGUCAAUAGUUGUGAAGAAGCAGGCACCCAAUUGUUAUAUUAUGUGCCCUGUGUAAAACCAUCAGUGAACAGGGCAGGUAGAGAUCUGCCUGGAUGGAGGAGCGGUCCGUAUCCCUGGUCAGGCUUAAUAUAUUGUCCCCUUCUGACUCAGCACUGGGAACAGAACAAACACACAAACACAUGCAUUCAAAUUUAUGCAGGCACACAGACACGAACGGGUGCACACACGCAGGAAAGCUGCUGUAGAUUUGGAUGAAUGCUCAUAUUAUUAUUAUUUCUCUCAAAAUCUUUUGACCUGUGGAAAAUCACCCUACAUCACUAUAUUGAAUGUGGAAGGCCAGGAUCAGCCAGUCCCCACCACUGAAAGUGGGGAAAAAAAUGAAAUCUCUCUCUCUAUUUCUGCUUCAUUUAGGAAGAAAUUAAUUUGUUAAAAACUGUUUACUUUCUCUCUCUUUGAGUCAACUACUCACCUCAUCUUAUGCACUGCAGUGUUAGCUAGCUGUAGCUUAUGCUUUCUGUAGUCGAUUAAUUCUCUGAUCCUUUGAUUGGGUGGACAGCAUGUCAGUUCAUGCUGCAAGAUCUCUGAUAGGUUGGAGGACGUCCCCCGGAAGUUGUCAUAAUUACUGUGUAAAUCUACAGAAAUGGGUGAGAACGAUGGUGAGAACCUAGUGAGAACUAAGUUUUGUAUUGAAGUCAAUGUACUCAGAGGACGGAAGCUAACUGUCCUCCGGCUACACCAUGGUGCUAACAAACAGAGUGCUGUUGAGGCUACUGUAGACCUUCUUUGCAAAAUAGUGUGUUAUAAUAAAUUAUUUGGUGACGUGUGAUUAUAUUUAGUAUAGUUUUAUCUAAAAAGGAUAACUUUUUAAAUGUUUUAAUUUGUAUGAAAUUCACUGAGGAGGACAGUCCUCCCCUUCCUCCUCAGAGAAGCCUCCACUGUCAUAAAGAUGUAUAUUUUUAACCACUAACCUGUUGAUAAAAGUAUGUCAGAAGCUGAUCCAUCAAGUCAAUUAAUUAAGGCAUAAUUCUAAUGAUGUCAUGUAUAAUUUUCAAACAUUCAGUCACUUUUUGAUAUUUUGCUUACAUUAUAAAGGCAAUAUGAACUACAGGAGACAAUGGCCUGUGCUUAAUGUGCUUAAACAAUUUUCAAUUUUAUUCAGAUCAUCAGUUUACGUUGUAUUACUUGUCUCUCCAGUAACUUCUCUCAGGCUAACAUCCAAGACUAGCUAGCAUGAUGCUUGAAACCUAUGCUGUUAUUAAGUCAUUAAAUGGGUUACGAAAAUGACAUGUGUUUGGAACCUUAACGGUUGAGGAUUAUAGAGCAGGUUUCAACCCUUUACUUCCUGAUGCCUUGACAAGCCUUGUGUUUAUUGUCUUUGUCUCACUGUCUUUGUCCUUUCAGUGCAGCUAAAAGAGCAGGCACACUCUUUCUGUCUCUUUUUUUACACAAACCAUCCAAAACAUUGUAAUAGGGACCACAAUGGAAAUAAAUCUUACUUUUUAGUGAUAUACCUGUUAUGUUUUUAAAACAGUGCAUACAUUUUAAAAAUGUGUUUUUUUUAACUGGCAAAUAAAAUCAAUCAAUAAACCUG